AUGGGCGUAUCCAAUACCUCUGACAGGGUAUUAGGUACCGCGGAUCCUGAUUUUAUGUAUAGUGAAGACCAGGAACCGAAAGAUAUUUUAAUCCCUGGAUCUGCAUUCCUUCCUCGAGAUGUAGAAAACUAUAGUGGAUCUAAUAUUGAUCUAACAACUGAAAACUGGGAAGGUUUGAAAAAUAAGGGUUCCUUGGUUUCAUACGAGUUUAUUAAUAUGGAUAAUGAUGGUCCAAUAUCUCAGGAUCAGUCUUCCAAUGAGAACUAUACUAAUGAUGACUGUAAUGUAUCUUCUGGUCGUUCAUCUUCAGAAUAUAAUCAAGUUGAUGCUGGUUAUGGUGCAGUGGAUGUUAAUAAGCUAGAUUGGGAUUCGUUAGACGAUAAGGAUAACCCACAAAAUUGGUCAAAAUGGAAAAAGUUGUAUGUUACAUAUUCUGUUGCACUCAUAUGCCUAUGUGUUACCCUUGGUAGCUCAUUAUAUGUUGCUGGUGUGCCAGAAUUGGUGAGAGCGUUUGGAGCUUCGAAAGUGCUUUGUAUUUCUGGUUUAACGUUCUAUUUACUAGGGUUGGCGUUCGGCCCUGCAGUGGCUGCACCAUUAUCUGAAAUCAUUGGUCGCCGAUGGAUAUAUGUAUUCUCGUUACCAAUUUCCAUGUUAUUUACGAUGGGUAUCGGCUUAUGCCGAAAUAUCUAUUCUAUUCUUAUUUUAAGAUUUUUCUGUGGAUUCAUCGCUUCGCCUGCAUUAGCUGUUGCAGGUGGGUCAAUUAGUGAUCUUUGGGAUCCAUCGGAAAUUGGAACUGCCAUGGCUACUUUCUGUUUAGCCCCUUUCCUUGGUCCAGUUUUAGGACCCAUGAUCGGUGGUUUUGCGGCUGAACAUAAAGGUUGGAGGUGGACAAUGUGGGUUUCCUUAAUGAUUUCUGGUGCAGUUCUUCCGUUCUCGAUGUUUCUUCCAGAGACGUAUAAACCCAUAAUCUUGGUCAAAAGAGCAGAAAAGAGAGGUAUAAAGUUGAAUAAACAACCAAUUGACAAGCUAUACUUUAAAGAAAUGGCGAAAGUCACGUUGUUGCGUCCAGUGGAGAUGUUGAUUGUGGAACCAAUUGUCAGUGUCUUUUCCAUCUACGUUUCGUUCAUCUUUGCUGUAUUGUUUGGGUUUUUCGAAGCAUAUCCAGUUAUCUUUCAAGGUGUAUACCAUAUGGAUCUAGGCGUUUCAGGACUACCCUUUAUUGGAUCAGGUGUCGGACUACUUAUAGGUGUCAUCUUUUUUAUCUUAAUGGACAAGUUCGUUUAUAACCCUAGAAACCAAGAUGGCACCCGAGGUAGGAGAGACGAGAAUGGGAAAUUGAUUCUAUCUGCUCCAGAAACAAAACUACUACCAGCAAAGAUCGGUGCGUUUUGCCUCCCAAUAUCGCUUUUCUGGCUAGGCUGGACAGGUAGAACCGGCUCCAUCCACUGGAUGGCUCCUGUUGCUGCCGGAGUCCCAUUUGGGUUUGGCUUGAUCACCAUUUUCAUUUCAGUGAUCUUCUACUUCUCAAUGGCGUUCCCUCCUAUUUCGGUUGCAUCCGCGAUUGCUGCAAAUAACCUAUUGCGCUAUAUAAUGGCAUCUGUCUUCCCACUAUUUGUGACCCAAAUGUACCAUAAGCUCAACAUUGGUUGGGCCUCGUCGUUAUUCGGUUUUGUUGCGUUAGUUAUGGUUCCUGUUCCCUUCCUCUUCGAAAAAUAUGGUGCCAGGUUGAGAACUCAAUCCAAAUACGGAUAUGCUGCACAUGCUGCCAAAAUGGCUCCAAAUAAUCAGCUGCCCCAAGCUGAACCCGAAAAAAGUGAAAGCCUGGACUCGUAUGACGAUGGCGUUGUAUAUAAGGUUUAA